AUGUCUGCUUACAAGACCUGGAAAACCUAUGGUUCUGGACCUCGUGUGGACUCUCGCAUCUCACAAGCCAGACGUGACGAGAUUCAGCGUCAUGAUGAGGAGGUAAGGCAAGAUAGAGAAUUGUUAAAAAAUCUAACACAAGCUGUUCUAUAUUUGUCUAGGCAAGAGUUUGCAUUUAGAGGUCAUGAUGAAUCUAACGAUAGCUUGAACAGAGGGAAUUACAGGGAAUUGCUUGAACGUUUUGCCAGAAUGGAUUCUGUUUUUGAAAGGCAGUUACAUGGUAGGCUUGUCAAAUCGAGUUUGAGAGGGGGUAGGCAGUUUGCUGAAUCGAGUUUCCCCUGAUAUUCAAAAUGAUUUGAUUAAUUGUCUUGAUAUGAUAAUAGAGGAUAAUAUUUUAAAGGAAAUGGAUAAUUGCACUUUUUUGAGUAUACCCGUUGAUGAGGCGACUGAUGUAUCCACCGGCCAAAGAGCAGUUGAGUAUGAUCGUUCGUCUGGAUAAAAUGGGUGAUAUUAUAGAAAGGCAACUUGGGUUUGUAGAUUUUAGUUCUGAAAGAACUGCAACUGCUUUAUCUACAGUUAUUAAAGGUAAGUUGAUUCAGCAUGAAAAUAUCAUGGAUAAGCUUAUUGGGCAAACUUAUGAUGGUGCCUCGGUAAUGUCGGGUCAUGAUGGUCAUCUCAAUGGUGUUCAAGCUCAAAUACAACGGGA